CCCUACACCAUGACUGUUCAACUAGACAUCGCUGCUGUGAGAGCCAGGUUCCCAGCUCUAUCCCAGGACCAAGUCUUCUUUGAUAACGCGGGAGGAAGUCAGACCCUUGGCACAGUCAUCGAUUCGAUCAGGGACUAUCUGUCACAAAGCAACGUCCAGCUAGGAGCUUCGUACAAAGUCGGCCAGCGCGCAACCGCCUCGUACGGGGAGGGCUAUCAGGCCGGUGCACAGUACAUCAAUGCAUCUCCCGAUGAGAUCGUAUUUGGUGCCUCGACGACCCAGCUCUUCCGCAACCUCUCUCACACCCUCUCCUUCGACAAGGGCGACGAGAUCAUCGUCUCGGCCGUCGAUCACGAAGCCAACAUCGCCUCCUGGGUCGAUCUCGCCGCGCGCCAGGGCCUCACUCUGAAGUGGUGGAAGCCCGCUGAGGCACCCAACCCGAAACUCUCCGUCGAGAACCUCAAGCCCCUGCUAUCGGAAAGGACCCGCCUCGUCACCCUCACCCACGCCAGCAACAUACUCGGCACAAUCCAUGACGUCGCUGCCAUCGCCGACACCGUUCACAAGGAGACGCCGAAGGGCCUUGUGUGUGUCGAUGGCGUGGCCUACGCCCCGCAUCGACCUCUGGAUGUGAAGGCCCUCGGCAUCGACUUUUAUGCCUUCUCAUGGUACAAGGUUUACGGCCCACACACUGCGAUGCUGUAUGCCAGUCGCCCCGCGCAGGACAACCAUAUGCGCUCGCUGGGCCACUUCUUCAACCCUUCUGACUCGCUCGAGGGCAAGCUCGGGCUCGCUGGCGGCAGCUACGAGCUCGUCUCGGCCGUGCCGCGCGUGCUGGAGUACCUCGGCACCCCGGAUUCUGAAGGAUGGAAGGGUAAGAUUGAGCAGGAGAGGCUCCUGCAGUCGACCCUGCUCGAGUAUCUCAACGGUCGCGGCGACGUGACGGUAUAUGGCGAGACAGGCGCUGGGACGGAGCACCGCGUGCCGACCAUCAGCUUCAAAGUCAAGGGGUGGGGGGCCAAGGAGCUCGUCACGGCCGUGGAAAAGGACACCGACUUUGGCUUCCGAUGGGGGCACUUUUACUCCUAUCGCCUCAUCAAGGAGAUUCUGGACCUUGACCCUGCGGAUGGUAUUGUAAGAGUCAGCAUGGUGCAUUACAACAGUCUCGAUGAGAUCAAGAGCUUUGUCGUCGCCUUAGACAAGGCAUUGCAACAAAAGAACUAAGG